AUGGAGAACAAAACAAUUCUAGAAGAGCUUCUUUUAAAGAAGUCACAACAGAAGAAAAAGAUUUCACCAAUUAAUUACAAGGAACGGCUGUUUGUUUUGACAAAAGCAAAUCUUUCUUACUAUGAGUAUGCCAAAGAGAAAAGAGGAAGCAAAAAGGGGUCAAUUGACAUUAAGAAAAUUCGAUGUGUUGAGACAGUGAAUCUUGAGGAAUCAACACCUCCUGCGAGACAAUACCCAUUUCAGAUUGUAUACAAGGAUGGCCUACUCUAUGUCUAUGCAGCUAGUGAAGAAAGUCGGAACCGAUGGCUGGCAGCUUUGCAUAAAGAAAUAAAAGACAAUUCCAAUUUACUAAACAAGUAUCACAAAGGAUUCUUCACCAACGGGAAGUUUCUCUGUUGCAGCCAGACAUGUAAAGCAGCCCCCGGAUGUACGAUUUGGGAGAAAUACGUGAGUCUUUAUUGCACAACCAAGUCUGUGAAACCACUGCCUCCAGUCCCUCAGGCACUGCGGAAGAGUAGAAGCCUACCCCAGGUGCUAUCACCAGACAAGUCAGUCCUGAAGGUGGCUAUGGCCCAGUGCAACUACGAACCCACAGGAAAUUCGACUAUUCAGCUUGUUAAAAGCAAUAAAUAUUAUGUAUUGAAAGAAGAAGACUCUGACUGGUGGCAAGUAAGGGAUUUGGAAGGGAAUGAAGGCUUCGCACCGAGCUGUUACCUGAGAAAGUUAUCUCUGAAUGAUGACGAGCCAAGGGAACACUCUAGUGCCAGUGAGAAUUCAUCCGCAGAAGAGCAGAGUAUUGCUAAGCAUGAUUGGUAUGCUGGCAAUAUCUCCCGUGCCCACUCUGAGCAACUGCUCCGUCAGAAGGGUAAGGAAGGUGCUUUUAUGGUUCGUAAAUCUAGCCAAGUAGGAAUGUAUACUGUGUCUGUAUUCAGCAAGGCUCCUGAAAGUAAAAAAGGAGCAGUCAGACAUUACCAUGUGCACAGAACCACUGAAAACAAGUAUUAUCUCGCUGAAAAUUACUGUUUUGAAUCAAUUCCCAAGCUUAUUCGCUACCACCAGCACAACUCAGCAGGUAUGGUGACAAGGCUCCGGCAUGCAGUGUCUACACAAGUAAAUAAGGUCCCAGCCACAGCUUCAUUAGGAAAUGGAAUCUGGGAGCUGAAACGAGAAGAAAUUGUAUUGCUGAGAGAACUAGGGAGUGGACAGUUUGGAGUGGUGCAUCUGGGAAAGUGGAAGGGACAAUAUGAUGUGGCCAUAAAGAUGAUCAAAGAGGGAGCGAUGUCAGAAGAUGAAUUCAUAGAAGAAGCUCAGACCAUGAUGAAACUUAAUCAUCCCAAACUUGUUAGACUGUAUGGUGUAUGCUCAAAAUCAUAUCCCAUCUAUCUAGUGACAGAAUACAUGGCUAAUGGCUGUUUGCUUAGCUACUUAAGGAGUCAUGGGAAGGAACUGCAACCCCUUCAGCUUCUGGAAAUAUGUUAUGAUAUUUGUGAUGCUAUGGCCUUCCUGGAGAGCUGUCAGUUCAUACACAGAGAUUUGGCUGCUAGGAACUGUUUGGUUGACAGCAAUCUUACUGUGAAAGUAUCUGACUUUGGGAUGACUAGGUAUGUUCUGGAUGACCUGUAUAUAAGUUCACUAGGAACUAAGUUUCCAGUGAAGUGGUCAGCACCAGAAGUUUUUCAUUACACCAAAUUUAGCAGCAAGUCAGAUGUAUGGGCCUUUGGUAUCUUAAUGUGGGAGGUGUUCACUUUGGGGAAGCAACCCUAUGAGCUAUAUGAUAACAUGCAGGUGAUUGAGAAAGUUUCUCAAGGAUUCCGGCUUUAUAGACCACAACUGGUUUCAGACAUCAUCUAUCAGAUAAUGUACAACUGCUGGCAUGAGCUACCAGAGAAGCGCCCCAGCUUUUAUCAGCUCCUAUCUUUUUUUGAGGCAUUGAAAGAAGAUGACAGAGCUUGA